CGUUUCGGUGUGUUUUGAGAAGAAGAAUAUCAAAACAAUGUCAUCAUCACAUUUUGCUAUUUUUUGCCUCUUCAUGAUUUCCCUCGUUCCUCUACUUGAAUUUGGAAACGCACAGGGUUCUGAAGCGAGCCUGCAGCGGUUAGAUCCAUCAAUGUGUAUUCGUGUAUUGUGUGCAAAAAACAAAAAUCAAAAAUGGUGUUUUUGCUGUGCCGGACAGCCGAAGACCUGUCAUCUUAAUAAACGAGGAUGUGCGGCUGUCUGCAAGCGUGUACCUCCCCGCUAGCGCCCACCUUCCCGUAAUUAUGUUUAGUACCAUUGCAUGUCUACGCGCUACAAUCAAAUGGUUCUGAAUCAAUUUUAAGAUAUUUCCUAAAAUCGUAUGUGAUCGGUUUUGGCCGAAAUAGCUAAAUGCAAUUUGAAAACUUAGAAACUGUUUCAACUUUGAGUAGUUGAGAACUUGAGAUGAAGAGGUGAUAUGUAUAUGGUGUGUUUGAUCAUAUAUGUAUAUUCUCUAAGUCCUUUAUUUUUUUUAAAGCCUCUUACUUUCUAAAAUAUUUGGAAAUGUUCUCUAUUUUAUUCACAAUGAAACAAC